CAAUCUACGACACGCAGUCGAACUCGUGGAGCAGGGUCGUGGCCAACAGUGGUCGUUGGCCUCUCGACUCACUUGCGAACCUCGAGUCCACGAAUCCCAACCUAGCCCAUCAAUUAUAUGAGCUCAGAAAGAGCCUUGGUCCUCAGGGUUUUAUAGUCAGCACCGACAGAGUUGCUGCAGAUCAGGCAGCAGUAGAGCACAGGAGACUUGUGAUGGAAUGGGGAGCUGGGUGGCUGACAUCCGUAAUCUUCAAAGUUUCUCGCGAUUCUUGCUCCCACCAUCGUACACAGACUUGCCAGCGGCAGCGCGUCAUAGACCAGUCAUUAUCCCCAUUGCGAGGAAGUACUCGUGCAACGCCCUCAUCAUUCAAAUGUCAGAAGAGACUCGCCGUGUUUCCUUCUCAUCUCUCACUCUUGCAGUUCUCAACACCCUGAAAGAUUACUUUGCCAGGGAGAUACCACCCAACUUUUAUGGGCCCAAAGGAGCCGAGCACGGAGUUGCGAGUUCUCUUAUGGACAGCAUGGGACGAGAUCAUGCUGUACAUUGUCUAUGUCCUCCACCAAGAUAUGAAAUUUCCGCGCCGCUCCAGAAUCUGGCUGUGUCCAACUCCAGCCUUCACCUCCAUUCCUUUACAUGCAGCUCACCCCUCAUAAAUGAGGGCAUACGAGCGUCCGGAACUAUGCCUGGAGGACAUAUAUAUCUGCUUCUACACUCCCACACUUUCGGCUCUGAUGAGACCUCGCCGGACGAUCAAGACGUAUGUGACCCCAUCCUUCGCGGUGAUCUGACAAAGCCAUUUGGGCGCAGGACAAGGCAGGGUGCUCGUCGCUGUCGACAGCCAACUUGAGCUUGUCCAUACACUUGUUCCCCAGUAGGUCAAGAUUACCAAUCUUUCUGGCGAC